CGGCGCGCCAUACGAACGACGACGGGUCGCGCACUACGAGUAGGGCGCUGGUCGGCUCCGAAACCCCGAAGAAGAGAAGGAAGAAGAAGUAGAAGAAGGUGGAGGAGGAAGUGUGCAGACCACGACGAUUUAAAUCAAGACGACUUAACUUAGCACCAGCCAGUGCAUCGAGGCGAAAACCCGAAGGUUAACGAGGAACCCGAGGAGAAACGAAUCUCGGCCGAAGGAACGUGGGAUCGUCGAGAAAAAGCGAAGUGAUAGAAGCGGACAGGAUGUCUUCAGCGAUCGCUAAAGCUUCCAAAUACACGUACCGCUCCACCGGCGGUGGUACUGCCGAUGUCAGCAUCGAAUACAGCGCCGACCUCAGCACUCUCACCAGACUGGAGGACAAAAUCCGCUUGCUGCAGGAUGACCUGGAGUCUGAGAGAGAGCUGCGUCAGAGGAUCGAACGCGAACGCGCUGACUUGAGCGUACAAGUUAUCCAGCUGUCCGAACGUCUCGAAGAGGCCGAAGGUGGCGCCGAAUCUCAAUUCGAGAUCAACAGGAAGAGGGACACGGAACUGACCAAGUUGCGCAAACUGCUCGAAGAUGUUCAUCUCGAGAGCGAGGAGACCGCGCAUCUUCUGCGCAAAAAACACCAGGAGGUCGUGGUCGAUUUUCAAGAUCAGAUCGAUCAACUUGCAAAAGCACGCGUCAGGGCCGACAAGGAAAAAUCGAAAUUCCAACAGGAGGUUUACGAGCUCCUCUCCCAGCUCGACAGUGUCACCAAAGAAAAGGUGAUGUCCAUAAAGACAGUGGAGAAGCUCGAAUUCCACGUGGCCGAGCUCAACGUGAAAAUCGAAGAACUGAACCGUACCAUCGUUGACAUCACCAGUCACAAAACCAGGCUCUCCCAGGAAAAUAUCGAACUGACCAAGGAAGUGCAGGACCUGAAGCUCAACAUCGAGAACGUAAUUUACUUGAGGACGCAGAUCGCGGGCCAGCUCGAGGACGCUCGUCGUCGUCUCGAAGAUGAAGACCGUCGUCGUGCCAUGGUCGAAGCCUCUUUACAUCAGGUCGAGUCCGAAUUGGAAUCCGUUCGCAUUCAACUUGAAGAAGAAUCUGAAGCACGUUUGGACAUUGAACGUCAGUUGGUCAAAGCCAACGGCGAGGUACAAAUUUGGAGAUCGAAGUACGAAACCGAAGCCAACGCUCGCGCCGAAGAGGUAGAGGAACUUCGUCGCAAAUAUGGCGCGCGUAUCCAGGAACAGGAAGAACAAAUUGAAACUUUGCUCGUCAAGAUCAACAACCUCGAGAAACAGAAAUCGCGCCUCCAAUCCGAAGUGGAAGUACUGAUCAUCGACUUGGAGAAGGCCAAUGGAACAGCUCGCGAGCUCCAGAAACGCGUGGAGCAAUUGGAGAAGAUCAAUAUCGAGCUGAAGGCCCGUUUGGACGAGAGUAUGGCAAUGUACGAGCAGAGCCAGCGUGAUCUUCGCAACAAGCAACAGGAACUUCAACGCACCAUCGCCGAGCUCGACAAAACUCGCGAGAUAAAGGACCAACUGGCUCGCGAGAACAAGAAACUAGCAGAUGACCUUGGCGAUGCCAAGAACCAGCUGGCCGAUAUGAACCGCAGACUUCACGAGCUGGAACUCGAACUCCGUCGUCUGGAGAACGAAAGGGAAGAGCUCGCAGCUGCUUACAAAGAAGCUGAAGCUGGCCGUAAGAUCGAAGAACAGCGUUCGCAGAGACUGGCCGCCGAAUUGACCCAGCUUCGUCACGAUUAUGAACGCCGCCUGACCGAGAAGGACGAAGAAAUCGAAAUCAUUCGCAAGCAGACCAGUAUCGAGAUCGAGCAGCUGAACGCUCGCGUGGUCGAGGCGGAGACGAAGCUGAAGACCGAGGUGCAGCGCGUGAAGAAGAAGCUCCAGAUCCAGAUCACCGAGCUGGAACUCUCGCUGGACGUCGCCAACAAGAACAACAUCGAUCUGCAGAAGACGAUCAAGAAGCAAUCUCUCACCUUGACCGAGCUCCAAGCUCACUACGACGAAGUUCAACGCCAGCUGCAGGUAACCCUGGACCAGCUGGGCAUCAGUCAACGGCGUCUACAGUCGUUGACGGCCGAGCUCGAGGAAGUGCGCGGCAACUACGAAACUGCCCUACGAGCAAAGAGAACCGUCGAGCAGCAAUACGAGGAGUCGGUUAGCCGCAUCAACGAGCUGACCACCAUCAACGUGAACAUCGCCUCGUCGAAGGCCAAGCUCGAGCAAGAGCUGUCGACCCUGGCUGGUGACUACGAGGAGGUCACUAAAGAAUUAAGAGUGAGCGACGAGAGAUACCAACGGGUGCAGACCGAACUGAAACAUACCGUGGAGAUACUCCACGAGGAGCAGGAACGCAUAGUGAAGAUCGAGGCCAUCAAAAAGUCCCUCGAGAUCGAAGUGAAGAACUUGUCCGUCAGAUUGGAGGAGGUCGAGGCAAACGCUAUCGUGGGAGGCAGACGCAUCAUCAGCAAGCUCGAAGCUAGGAUUCGCGAUUUGGAGCUGGAAUUGGACGAGGAGAAGCGCCGACACUCCGAGACGGUGAAGAUCCUGCGCAAGAAGGAGCGUAACAUCAAAGAGGUGAUGAUCCAGGUAGAGGAAGACUCGAAGAACAUCGCGUUGCUGCAGGAGUCGCUGGACAAGGCCAGCCAGAAGGUGAACAUCUACAAGAGACAGCUCCAGGAACAAGAGGGCAUGUCUCAGCAGAGCGUGACAAGGGUCCGGCGAUUCCAGAGGGAACUGGAGGCAGCGGAGGACCGCGCCGACACAGCCGAGAGCAACUUGACUCUGAUACGCGCGAAACACCGCAGCUUCGUCACCACCUCCACCGUGCCCGGUUCCCAGGUGUACCUUGUCCAGGAGACGAGGACUGACAUGUAAAAACGCCGUCGAUACCCACCCCUUGCCACUUCGAACGCCACCUCGUCGUCUUUAGAAACGCGUAACGAGCAAACGACGAAAAUAAAGGAGGAGCCCUGAUACAUCACCGUAAGUUAAAAGGGCCGAGGAGAGUUUCCAACGGGCCGCACGCGGGAACAUCGAAAGAGCGGAAAGAUUGGAAAAAGAAAAAAGCAAA